AGGAGAAAAGGCGUUGAAAGAAAUAACUAGGAGGAGGCGGAGCUGUGGGCGGGGCUUGGACUUGAGGGACAGCAAGGAGGAGGAGCGGGCGGGAGGAGGCGCGGAAGGGGCGUGGCCUGGCGCGGCGGGAGGAAGCCUGAGGAGAAAAGGCGUUGAAAGAAAUAACUAGGAGGAGGCGGAGCUGUGGGCGGGGCUUGGGCUUGAGGGACAGCAAGGAGGAGGAGCGGGCGGGAGGAGGCGCGGAAGGGGCGUGGCCUGGCGCGGCGGGAGGAAGCCUGAGGAGAAAAGGCGUUGAAAGAAAUAACUAGGAGGAGGCGGAGCUGUGGGCGGGGCUUGGGCUUGAGGGACAGCAAGGAGGAGGAGCGGGCGGGAGGAGGCGCGGAAGGGGCGUGGCCUGGCGCGGCGGGAGGAAGCCUGAGGAGAAAGGGUUCUCUUUUGCGUCGGGCGCGUCCAUGGCGGCGUCGUUGUUUGGCGCGCCGUGCGCCCCUCCGGGGUGAGGGCGCGGAGGCGGAGGAUGCUCCUUCGGGCCGAUGGAGGAGCGCGGGCAGCGUGUGGCGGCGCUGGCGGCGCUGGUGCUGCUCUUCGCGGGGCUGGUGCUGCAGUACCUGUGCCCGGGCGGCGGGCAGUGCCGGCGGCGGCGCGGGGGAGGCGGCGGGGGCGCGGAGGCGGAGGAGGCGCCCCCCGCUAGAGGGGACCCGUACGGGCCCGAGGACGCCUCCCCGGCCCGCUUCGUCCCGCGCCGCCGCUUCCGCGCCUCCGAGCUGCUCCGCCGCGCCGACUUCCGCCUGGAGGGCGACGACCUGAUGGUCUUCCUGCACAUCCAGAAGACGGGCGGGACCACCUUCGGGCGACACCUGGUCCGCAACCUCCGCCUCCCGCGCCCCUGCCGCUGCCGCGCCGGGCAGAAGAAGUGCGCCUGCCUCCGGCCCGGGCGGCCCGAGCCCUGGCUCUUCUCACGCUUCUCCACCGGAUGGAGCUGCGGCCUCCACGCCGACUGGACCGAGCUCAACACCUGCCUCCCGGGACUCCUGCCCGGCAGCGCCAACGCCGAGACCGAGGGAGGAGGAGGAGGAGGAGGAAGCACCACUGCACACAGGAACUUCUACUACAUCACCAUCCUGAGGGACCCUGUCUCCCGCUACUUGAGCGAGUGGCGUCACGUCCAGCGAGGGGCGACCUGGAAGGCCUCUCUGCACGUCUGUGACGGGCGCUCGCCGACGUCCGAAGAGCUGCCCAGCUGCUACUCUGGGGACGACUGGUCGGGCUGCUCCCUCCAGGAGUUCAUGGAUUGCCCCUACAACUUGGCCAACAACCGCCAGGUCCGCAUGCUGGCCGACCUCAGCCUGGUGGGCUGCUACAACCUGUCCGUCAUGCCGGAAGAGGAGCGCAACCAAGUCCUGCUGGACAGCGCCAAGGAGAACCUGAAGCGCAUGGCCUUCUUCGGCCUGACGGAGUUCCAGCGCAAGACCCAGUACCUCUUCGAGAAGACCUUUAACAUGAGCUUCAUUGCGCCCUUCACGCAGUUCAACAGCACCAGGGCCUCCAGCGUUGACAUUGACGAGGCCACGCAGGCACGCAUCGAGGCCCUCAAUUUUCUAGACGUGGCGCUGUACGAUUACGCCAAAGACCUCUUCUUGCAGCGGUACCAGUUCACGCGGCAGAAGGAGCACCAGGAGGCCCGGCGGAAGCGCCAGGAGCAGCGGAAGAUGGGCAGGGCCAGGCCGGGCCACGGCAAGGAAGCAGAGGCCGCCAACUCCACAGAUUACGCCAACAACGUGGAGCUGUGGCGAUAAUAAGAGCUGAAAGACUCUCUUUUUUAAAAAUUAAAAUUACGUUUCGCGGAGUCCCAAUUGGAAAGCCAAAAGAGAACUAACUGCAAGGUUUAACUCUGGACUCUGUUUCUUUGAGGGAUCAAGGGAUGUGAGGAGUUGCUUUGUGGCCUUUGCUGAUGCUUUUUUGAACCCAGUGCCGUCCUCUUGUGUGGGUUACGCUUUUAAUCCCCUGGAGAGGCAGUCCCUUGAAAAGGAAAAUUUUCAAUAAAAACCCUGCUGUUGAAGUUAGAAAUCAUUGCUGGGGUGAAAUAAUGGAAAAUUAUGAAGGAUUUCAGACCUGGGUUGUUGUAUGUAUUCCGGGAUGUAUGGCAUGUUCCAGAAGUAUUCUCUCCUGACGUUUCGCCCACAUCUAUGGCAGGCAUCCUCAGAGGUUGUGAGGUAUAUAAUCAGAGAGGCAUGUUGCUUUGUUCCUCACAACCUCUGAGGAUGCCUGCCAUAGAUGUGGGCGAAACAUCAGGAGAGAAUACUUCUGGAACAUGGCCAUUCAGCCCAGAGUUAUUCAAGGUGCUGAAUCUUAUUAAGAUGAUAAGUUUAAUUGACUUGCACAGUUCCUUCUAAUUGCAAAUUAAAACCCGGAACAGAUGCACUCACCUAGAAGAACCAGCUUCCAUUAUUUCAAUUGUAAAUAACUACAGGACUACACCAUCUUGGCUCAGCCUAGAGAGCAGUAGCUGGCAGGCCACAAGGCUUUGGGGCCACUCAACCCUCAAAGUGAAAACAACAGAGAGAAAAUGAACCGAAAUGCAAUCCUUCAGCGUAUGACAUGCAAUUGACUUUCCUUCCAGGUGUUUUCUAGAAUUGGGACAUGGAUUAUUUUCAAUAAAGCUGUGGAUGUUUGGCCUCUUGCAAGGAAUGGUCUUCAGUGAGGGUCCAGUCAAGAGAAGGUCCAGUUAGGGUCUUUUUUUCCUUCCUUCCUUCCUUCCUUCCUUCCUUCCUUUCUUCCUCCCUUCCUUUCUUCCUUCCUUCCUUCCUUCCUUCCUUCCUUCCUUCCUUCCUUCCUUCCUUCCUUCCUUCCUUCCUUCCUUCCUUCCUUCUUUCCUUCUUUCUUUCCUUCCUUCCUUCUUUCCUUCUUUCUUUCCUUCCUUCUUCCCUUCCUCCUUUCCUUCCUCCCUCCCUCCCUUCCUUCCUUCUUUCUUUCCUUCCUUCCUCCUUUCCUUCCUUCCUCCCUCCCUCCCUCCCUCCCUCCCUCCCUUCCUUCCUUCCUUCCUUCCUUCCUUCCUUCCUUCCUUCCUUCCUUCCUUCUUUCUUUCCUUCUUUCCUUCCUUCCCUCCUUCCUUCCUUCCUUCCUUCUUUCUUUCCUCCCUCCCUCCCUCCCUCUCUUCCUUCCUUCCUUCCUUCCUUCCUUCUUUCCUUCCUUCUUUCUUUCCUUCUUUCCUUCCUUCCUUCCCUCCUUCCUUCCUUCCUCCUUUCCUUCCUUCCUUCCUUCCUUCCUUCCUCCCUCCCUCCCUCCCUCCCUCCCUUCCUUCCUUCCUUCCUUCCUUCCUUCCUUCCUUCCUUCCUUCCUUCUUUCCUUCCUUCUUUCUUUCCUUCUUUCCUUCCUUCCCUCCUUCCCUCCUUCCUUCCCUUCUAUCUUUCCUUCCUUCCUUCCUUCCUUCCAUCCAUCCUUCCUUCCUUCCUUCUUUUCUUCCUUCCUUCCUUCCUUCCUUUCUUCCUUCCUUCCUUCCUUCCUUCCUUCCUUCCUUCUUUUCUUUCUUCCUUCCUUCCUUCCUUCCUCCCUCCCUCCCUCCCUCCCUCCCUCCCUCCCUUCCUUCCUUCCUUCCUCCUUCCUUCCUUUCCUUCUUUCCUUCUUUCCUUUCUUUCUUUCUUUCUUUCUUUCUUUCUUUCUUUCUUUCUUUCUUUCUUUCUUUUCUUUUUUUAAAUAUAUUUUUAUUGAAGUUUUACCUUAUAAGAUAGAUUAAAUUAACAUCUCUCUCCCUUUUUGAUCCUUUUUAAAUCUCAGCUUUCCUACUUUCUUUCUUUCUUUCUUUCUUUCUUUCUUUCCUCCCUCUCCCUUAUUUCCCUUCUUUCUGUCUUGUUUGAGCAUCAAGGAAACAGACCCAAAGGGCAAGGACUGGGAAAACCAUUGUGCUUGGAUUGUGCAAACCUCUAUGCAAAAUUAUAUAUAUAUAUAUAUCCGGGAGAUCACACAUCUUGAGUUCUGCAGCUUUUUAUACCCGGUGUUCUGAGACAAACGGAGAUUGGCUUCUGCUUAUGCGCUUGGUAGUGGCAUUUCUAAUGGCUUCCGUUGCCGUAAUGUAAUCUUACUCCUCCUCAGCUUUAGGAUGGCGGGAAAUUGGGGAACUUGCCUCGUGCUCAAGAAUGGGAAUCCCUUACAUAUCGGUUCUAGAGCAAAUCCCAUGCGCGUCCGUGGGAGCAACGGCCAUUCAGUAGGAUUUCUUCCCAGGUAAGAAAGUGUCGCUGUGGGGCAGGCACAAAAUGUAACCUAUGUGCAUUGGGACCAACACAGUGCACACCAGUUUGGUGUCUAUUAAUUGACCCCAAUGCCCUUUGAUUCACUUUUCCUGGUGCCUCUUUACAGGUCUUUGAAAUUUACAUCUGAGCCCCUCUGCUACAUAGAUGAGUAUAUGGAAAGUUUUGCAACAUUCACAACGAGAGAGGUUUCCUGCAUUUCCAAACUCUAGGAAAACUCAACCAUUCUCUGUGUGGAAGAAAGAAUACUAUGGUUUCUCAUGCAAAGGUUUCUUUUAAAAUAAACUGCCAACCUGGCAUUGCCAAUGUGUUUCAUAUAUUAUUUAUUAUUUACUUCUUGAAUCCGAAAGGAACUGUUUGCACAGGGCCCACGUCCCAUACAAAGUCCCUUUGCCUGACGCUGGAGACGCAACCUUCUUUUUCUACUGCGGUGUGCAUGGUUUACAAAAGCAAAACCGACAAACAAAAACAAGCAGCAGCAGCAUUGCUUUCCUUUUCUUUGUGUUAUUCCUGUCCGUUGUAUAUAGGGGAUGUAUUACGAUUCGGUUUUGUCACGACCAUUCAGACCAGCUCUACCGAUUUCCAGUAUAGGCUGCUUAUCUUCCUUGUAGAUUUACAACUGCAGGGAGGGAGGGAGGGAGCUGGCGGACUUGGAUUGUGUCAUUUAAUAGAAUUGAGACAAUAAAAACUUCAGUUACUGUC